GGGCGAGGAGACGGGGCGAGCCCUCCCUGCCGGGAGAGCCAGCCCUGCGGCACGCAGCGCCAUGGUCUCAUGGAUCAUCUCCAGGCUAGUGGUGCUUAUAUUUGGCACUCUUUACCCUGCAUAUUAUUCUUACAAAGCCGUGAAAUCAAAGGACAUCAAAGAAUAUGUCAAAUGGAUGAUGUACUGGAUCAUAUUUGCGCUUUUCACGACAGCAGAGACAUUCACGGAUAUCUUUCUUUGCUGGUUUCCAUUCUACUAUGAACUCAAAAUAGCUUUUGUAGCUUGGCUGCUGUCUCCAUACACAAAAGGCUCCAGCCUCCUGUACAGGAAAUUUGUUCAUCCAACGCUGUCUUCAAAAGAAAAGGAGAUCGAUGACUGCCUCGUCCAGGCAAAAGACCGGAGCUACGAUGCCCUUGUGCACUUUGGGAAGCGGGGGCUGAACGUCGCAGCCACGGCAGCCGUCAUGGCGGCUUCAAAGGUCUCUCAGCUACUUCACUUACACUUGCAUUUGGACCAGAAAAAAGGGCAGGGACAGGGGGCCCUGUCUGAGAGACUAAGGAGCUUUAGCAUGCAGGAUCUCUCGACGAUUCGUGGAGACAGCAGCAGCACUGUUCCUCCUUCAGUCACUGUACGAACAAGUAGCAAACAGAGCCAGCCAAAAACAUCCAGAAGUGCAUCGGAAGGCACUGGCAGCUCAGUGUGCACGUGUUGCUCAGUAUGCCGACUCCUCAGAGGUGUGGACAAUAAAUAUGAAAAGCCACCUGAGGCAAACUGGGAAACAAAAGGCUCUGUGUUCUCAGAUGAUGAAGAGAACGAUUCAUUGGAUUGUGCAUCCAUGAACAAAAGGCCCAAAAAGAAGGAUCAACCCCUUGAGGCACCGCCUAGGACCCUUAGACCUCGCUUCAGGAAGAAAAGUACCUCGUCCUCUGCCACUGAAACAAUGUGAGUGCAAUGAGCCAAUAGCACCAAGAUCCACAGAAUGUCUCUCUUCUGCCUUAAAGAGCUACUUGUUAAUAAUGUAGGAAACAGCAGUGGGAUGGAUGUGCUUUGAUGUACAGCAUUGUAGACAUGGCCUUUCUCUCUCCCCUCUCUGUGUCCUUCUGUUACAUGCUUCUCGCGUUUGUCCGUGACGUGGGUAGGACAGCCUGGCAGACACCUGCAGGUUAAGAGUCCUUGUUUCGUUUGCAGAGUGUACGCCCACUCACGCUAAUCCUGUAAGGCUGUACAUUUACAAUUCUCAUUUGUGUCUGCAUAGCUCUAGCUCUGUGAAUGCACAGCGGAAACAAAAAUAAUCAGUUACUCAUGAUGAUACAUUGACCGUGUAUUUAUUUAUGGCUUUGUCAUUAAUGAAGUGGAUUUGCAGAAGCCGUGGAUUUCUCUUUCCUCCCUUCCUCCUCAAGACUGUGAAUGAUGUAACAAAUGUCAGAGUACUUUGACUGUACAAAAUGUCCAAGAUUCAUUAGUGAAAGCUGCGCUGCAACUCCGUUUCUCUUUCUGCAAGUAAAUCACGUGUUCUGAGAAAAUGAUUGUGCUAAAAACCAUAGAGACAGAAUCAUUUACAGAGGAAGAGACGUGCAAGAGAAAAUAAAUGGUUUCAACGAUGUAAUGAAGGGGGAGUCUUAAUUUUGAUCAGCCUGAGCCAGGAGAGUAUUGUGUGGAAAACGAUGGCGGCUAGAAGAACUAGAUCGUAUCGCUUGUGGCAAAUGUUCUACUGCCAGUUUUAAAGUGUGAGCAAGCCAGGCUUGUACUAGCUGCAGCGACAGAAGUUAGAAUUGCUUUAGUGAUGCACUUCAGGGGAACGCGCACCUUUCUCCCCUGCCUGCAACAGUGUCAGUCCCAGCGCUCUGCUCUCCUGGUGAGGUGCUGGUGUUUUACUUGCAGGAGCAGAGCAGGGCGCUGGGUCUGAGCUGCUUCUUGAAGCCUGGAGUUUCGCCUGUAGCAUGGAGUUUGGUUAGAACCACAAGAACCAGAUGGAGUGGUGUAUUUGUAUCCAUAUAUAAAUGAGAAAUAUAAAAGAAGAGGAAGACGUGGUAGGGUUUGUGUAUUUGUGCUUCAAGUUGGUGUCUCUUGUAAGUGUUGAGCAUGUGAGAUUCACACAUAAGUUAAUUACGUGGCCCUUUGUGUUUGCUCUUGGACCUGUCACAUAGACUAGAAAAACAUUUAGCAUUACGUAGAACGUGCCAUCACUAAUGGAUCAGUACCCGGGCUUGACGAUGAACAGUACUGUUAAUCUAGUUCAGGUGCAGCAGUGCAGGAUGCCAACAGCCGGCUGGAGUGUAUCAUCAGGCUCAGAGAUAAAUCUGAAGUGGCCUUUGAAAUCUUUUCUCUGCCGGGUAUGCAUCGAUAUCCCAGCUGUCCCUGUCUGAUGGAUCCCUGAGGUUUCCCCCAGAGCUUCCUACAUAGCGGGGAAGAGAGAAAUAAAUUAUGCGCACGCACAGAUGUUUAUCUGUCUGACCUGGCUAGGAAGUGGAAAAAGCAAGCAGGUAUUAUUUCCUGUGUCUGCCACAGUAUUUGGCCUCAUUACCUAAGAAUUUUAUUUCCUUUACAUGUGCUAAUUCAGUCAUAUUUUGCAAUGGGUAAGAAGGUAAAAGUCUUCAGAAAGUAAAUUGAAAAAACCAACAAACCUGUCUAAAUAGCAGUUACAGAAGAGUCAGUCCUUGGAAGAUGCUCAGCAAAAGCUUGGAGGAGCUAAGCUUGUGUGUUUUAUUUUUAAGCAGCUUUAGAGUUUAUUUGAUUUCUUUUUGCAAACAUUAAAAACAAAUAGAAAAACUGCCUGCAGUGUUAGCAGAAAAUAAAAUCCUGUUGCAAGCAAGCUAUGUUUCCCUGCUAUGCAAUGGGCUGCCAUAAGACGAAAAAGAAGCUGACAAGUUUGCACUCAAUUAUGCCAAAAAACCCAACAACAUAGAGCUACAUAACAUCUGACAAAUUCUAUUCUCAGACACGCUGUAUUAACAUUGAUUCUCACUAAAAUUAUUAAAUGUGCGUCUAAUCUGCUGUUUUACUAUAAACUUGACUGUUUAGCAUUUCUUAAGUGCUGAGGUGAAAUUGUCGACAAGGGAGUUGCCUUAUAUCUCUCAAAACAUUCACUGUAUAAAUGAGAAAAAUAAACCUUUUCAUAUCUCUGGCAAAAAUGUAUGAAUUUAUCAACUGAGCUGUAUAUUUGUGUAUAGAUAGACAAGAAAUGUGAAUGCCUAACCACGUACCCUUAGUGCUGUAGUGUUCUGUAUACAGAAGAGAACGGUCAUUUGCUUUUGAUUCCUCAUCUUCCACACACAGGUUGUUUACAGGUGUUGCCCCAAGUCUGGCAUUUCACUCUUUGGCUACUUGCGUUCAUUCAGAAUAAACACCGGACGUGAAGUCUUUUGUUCCAGUUUUUCUCUUGAGCCUCUGCCAAGGAACAAGCCCGAUUCAGCCGGUCGUCCUUCCUGCGCUGAUGCCGACCCCUCCUGGCAAACGCGAGUUUGCAGGACCUGAGCAAAGAGGGGACGCGUGGAUGGCGGCUUCUUAGGCGUGUGUUGAUGGGGAGCAACUCUCAGCUUCCUCCCAGCUCAGGCUCUGAGGGUGCGAGCAGGCUAACCACUUGCAGAUUACUCCUCCUAAAAGCAAGCAAUCUUUCAGCUGAUUGAUAGUUUGAAAUAGCAACAGAUCUGGCUUAAGCAAGAAAAGCCUGGGUUUGGGGCCUUUCAGGCAGCUGGCCUCUACGAUCAGUCCUGUAGGGCGGGCAGGCACCUCCUGCCUUCUCAGAGAUGGCCUGCAGAGCGUAACCCUGAAAGCAACAGGCCAGCCCUAGAAAAUACAGCCUUUAACCAGCACAAGGCUCUAGUGAAACUUGCAUUAUUUUCAUCAAGGAAAAUUGAGGCUGAGGGAAACUGCAGCUGAAGACGGUCCAUGGAAAAUGGGCCUGUGAAUUACCUCACCCAUUUACCAUAAAUUCCCCUCAAUUAUGAGGAGAAUACGCUUAGAGCAGCUCAGCGCAGUCCUCCAUGCCUUCUUUCUUGUCGCAGGGGCCAGUGUCAGCGCAGUUACAGCCAUUGCCAAUUGCUGAAUCAGGAUCACAUCAAAUAUAGACAAGACAGACUUCACAUGUAUCACUGUCGCCUUGGAAUUAAUCCCACGCUAAUCUAAAUUGUGUAAGUGCAAACCCAGCACAGAAGGAAAGGAGAAUGGCGUUAUUGAUUCCUGUUGAGAGGGAGAAAGCUGCUUGGAGAGAUACGAUGCUCCCUAGCCUCAUGUAAACAACCUGCUGCCUCUGACUGCUCUCUGAAGUGUUCUCAUGUAGUGACGAAACCCUUGUGCUUGUGACCGAAUGCUCGUUAAUCACAGUCUCCUUUUUGCUGUUUUUCGGGUACCCGUUUUGCAUCUAGCACCGUAUUUGAAAUAGCAGAGAACACUACGUUGGGAUUCGCGUCUAGACAAACUAUUUAAGGAUCAUAACUGUGCACUUCAUGUGAUUUCUUUCCUGUGAUCAGUAGAAAAGAUCUGUGAUGAAAUGGUACACUUGACGCCUCACAAGGAUGGCCAUUACAACAGUAUUCCAAAGGUUGAUGUUUUGCUGGUUUUGUUAUACUGCUUGAUAUACAUCUUGAAUAAAGUCUUAAUCUUUUCUUUAAAAAAAAAAAAAGAAAAAGAAAAAAAAAGAAGAAAACAUCUUUAGUCUGUUCAAUGUAUCUGGCAGGCCAGAAUAAUUACUUUGAUCGCUGUAUUAUUUUUAUCUCAAUUCUGGCUGACUGUAUAUAGAUGUAUUCACUAAGUGCUGCAUGUCCUUCAGAACUUCUUUCUGUAUUACGAACUGGAAAAAAAAUACAGCUACUGAACA